AAAGUGAGGGAGAGAGAGAGAGAGAGAGAGAGAGAGAGAAAGCACGUCAGCGCGCUUGACUCACGCGAUUGUGAAGUUAUCGCGCGCUCUAGUCGCGCACUGUGGUUGUGUGUGGAACAUCGCGCGCCGCUGCUGCUGCUGUUGCUUCUGCUGCUGACUUCCUUAUUCCAGUAAAACUUUUUUUUAUUCGCUUUCGGAUUUUCUCGCUCUUGCGCGGUGAGUUGGAUGAAAAAGGAAAAAAAAGUAUCGUCCAUUGUCCUUGCUUUAAUCAUUUCUUAUUUUUGUGCUGGUCGUAGAUGGUGAUUUUUUUCAUUAUUCUUUGUUAUUGCGCUACAUAACAUGGAGCGCGUGCGUCUCUAAAAGUUCUGUUAAAUACUUGAACGAUGCAACGUUGUUGACAAAUACAUGUUAUAGACACGUUCUAGCAAUGAUUUACCCAGAAUGAAGUGUUGUGCACAAAAACAGACUGCAGAAUGCAUUUGUUAUUAGAGUGUUAAUGUGUAAUGAACUUGUAAUUACAGUGUUGAAUAUGGGGUUGAGUUUGGAUUUAGGGCUCUUUUGUGUACAGUGUAGAGUUGAGUGUAGAAUUGUUGUAUAUAUGUUAUAUCUAGCAAUAGUUAGUCAGACUAAAACUGUUCAGAAUGCUUGCAAAGUGUUGAAUUUGCUGUCACAGUGUUUAUUAAUGGUAGUAUAAAAUGAUGACCGUGUUGAAUAGGGGGUUAGAUUUGGAUUUAGGGAUGUUGCUUUGAAGGAGCAUUAUGUUUCUUCUGUGGGUGCCAAUAAUAUGGGACCACUGUUUAAUUUACACAUCAUGGAUGAUUGAACCUUUUCUGUCAGUAUAACUCAGCUUUUGCUUUUUUCAGGUUUCCUUGUUUGUAUCUUCUUAUUAUUUUUCUGGAAAAUAUACAUGAUGUGGUAAAUUGAAUUUUUAGCUCCUGUUAUAGGGUUCAGUAUCAUUUUCUUUUUCCCCACUUCCCCCUGAGAGAACCUUUUUAUUCUCCCCAACUCCUGCUAUGUUGAAAACUACAUCAGAAUACAGCAUUUGCAGUGUUGAAUUAACACCUCCAAGGCUGAACCAGUGUUUAUGUCUGAUGAUUUAUUUCUACAGGAUUGAGACAGAUGUGCGAUUUUACAAGUCCAGCUGGACACUAGGGAGUUUUUUUCCCCUCUGUGUGGCCGUGUUCGGCGCUUUUGGCUUCCUAAUCCCUAUAAAGCACGCUUGUCUUUUCCACUUGCUGCUGAAGUUUCUAGGAAGUUUUAAGUCCAGUUGCGAAACAGGCAUUAAGUGUGGAACAAAUUUGCUGUCAGUAGGGGAUUCUCUUAAACUCCCCCCAUCCUAACACUCUUUCAUCUUACACCAUGGCCCAAGGUUUGAGACAAAAUAUUUAGAAUUAUGCUACUGGUUUGCGUUAUCUGUGAAAAAUUGUUCAAACUCACCUUACUGAAUUUUUUCAAGAUAACCUAUACUAACUUAUGGUGAGUUUGUAAUUACAGGAAUUUUAUUUAGUUAUAAAGUGAACAUACAACAGCUGAUUACUAAGUUAUAUAAUACAUUUAUGCAGUUAUUUAUAUCAUAUCAGCUGCAUGAGUAAUGAGUAAAGUGCUAUUGAAGAGGUCACACAGUUUCUUUCAUUCUUCUUGUAAAAAAAAACCCCACAUACUGCACUAUUCCAGAUUUUUUCCAGCCUCUACUUGUGACCCCUUUGUUACUGUACUAAACUGCCAUUGCCUUUUGCUUUCUGUGUGUGAGCUAUUUUCUAGAUAAUAAUUCUAAAAUAUCCACAAUACUUUUGUGUUUGUGUGUCUGUUUCACACAUUAUUUAAGCAUUAGGCAAAUCUGGAAUGUGUGAGGUGUUGGCUGCUUCUUAUCUCACACUCUUUAGGUGCGAAGAGGAAAAUUUUUUGGAGUUUGAUGUCCAUGGGUGUUUCCCAAACUGACACGAGUUAAACAAACUGUCAGCAUUGACACAGGCUUCCUGAAUUAAGGGCUGGAGGGGUGAGUGGCCAGGGGCCAGCCGAGAGAACAUGCAAGAGCAGGAGAAGGGGAGGGGAGCGAGAGAAACAUCCCAUAAACUCCUCCUCAGACUCUUCAGGAAGGGCAAGAGGUUAUCGUGUUUUGGCUCUUUGUUUUUCCACCAAACGUCCACAUCCAUGUCCAUCCAGUCCGCCAUGCCAUUUUUUUGUCUUAAAAUGAAUGUCCAUGCCUACAUGACGAGGUUGGAGACGGCAGACAGGAUGGAGUAGAAUCUCCUCAGCAUGCCUUGUGAUCCUUUUUCCCUUUCUCCAGUGGUGGUUCCAUCAGUUUUAUGGACAUUCUUGAGAUUGUUUUCUGCUUCUUUGAUGGACCUUCUGUGGUGCGGGGCUUUUUCAUCCAUCCAUCCAUCUUCUAUACCGCUUAUCCUUUUCAGGGUCACAGGGAAACCUGGAGCCUAUCCCAGGGAGCAUGGGGCACAAGGCGGGGUACACCCUGGACAGGGUGCCAAUCCAUCGCAGGGUAGCGGGGCAUUUUAAAUCUGAAAAAUACUCAACCAGAGGUCAAGUGUAGAUGUUUGGUCUGGAAACACUUUCUGCAAUGCAACGAAAGAAAACAAGAAAACAGAAAAGAAGUCAUUGCAAUUCGAGCUUCCUGUUGUGACCCGUAGCACACCAAAGGAAAUCCCAAUAUAGAUAUGGAAAGACUUCCACAUGGCCGUUCUGCAACUUCGAGACAAUAACAGAAUUACCUGAAACUUUCCCCUGGUUUUCAUCAUUUCCACCUCUUAUAGGAUUCUAAAUCGGGAAGAGUGUCAUCAUUGUAUUAGAAUGACGAACAGCACCGAGAGGGGAUUUCUGCUGAUAGUUUAUUUGUUAAAGUAGGAUUUCAGUGUCUUGGUGAGCUUUUUAAUGCCAAGUAUGAAAACCAGAUUGUUUAACAUGAGUAGUAUACUGAAAUGAUGAUUACUCGUACUCUGUUCCCUGUGCACAGUUUCAGUUUUCAGUGGACUCACCAAUCAAAAAUGGGAGGAACCUAAAGCAUAUUGGCGUAAUCUGUAAUCUGUUUUUGCUAUAAAUAUCUGUAUUGUUAUAAUACAAUACACAAACAUCAAAGCAUCCUUAAGUGUUUAUGGUUACUGUAAUGGAACAUCAGCUAUAGACUUAUUCCCUCGCCAGCCUCUGUAUUUUUUCUUCUUCUUGAAGUUAAUAAAUGCAGCCUGUCACAUUGCCAAGGAACCACAAAGCCCAAAGUACAAGUCCCUGUGUUAGCUGUUACUAUAGAAACGAUAAUGUAGAACUCUAGUCAAGUCCCAGACCAGGACUAUAGCCAUCAAAUCCUUUUUGAGCCCAAAACUUUACUUCAGCUAGUCAUCUUCAUUCCUGCACAGGCCGUUUUCUAGAAGGACUUGCUUCUUGUCAAACUUUGUGCAUGCUAAAAGAAAAGACAACAUAAACAUUAUUUCUUACAUACUCUCGGUCGAGAACAGCACCAUACUCAACGAGACCAAUGACAAGUCAGAGUCAGUGCAGAAAAUGUGUAGAGACUGCACUCGUGUCCUACAGCCUAAUGGUAAAGAAUUAGAACGAGCGCAUUCAUAUAAACCUGUGAUUUAAAUCUGUACUAGUGUCAGAGCUGCUGUUAUAGAGAAUUAAUCAACACCUUCUGACCAAUCGGAAUCCAGAAUUCAGCUGCAAUAUGGUAUAAACUAAGAUAUUCAACAUGUACAAUAAUGUGGACAAGAGCAUUACUCUAAGGAUGGGAGAUACGAAAAUGGGUAGGUUCUAAUGGUCCUAUGUGACUCUGACUAGGAUAAAGCAGUUACUAAAGAUGAAUAUAAGGUUGAAUGAACCACUAAAUGAACGAAUAGCAGAAGCAAUCUCCAUCAUUCUGUUCACAAGGUUGGAUGUAUCCUAUGGUGGACAAAACUGCCGGCUAAGUCUGGCAUGCUUUUAAAAAAAAAAUGACGGCACGUACCUCAGGUUGGGUCCAAAAUUAGAUCUCGCUGGGGACCUUUACUCGUUCUUUUCACUUCCUUGGGGUAAACUACCAGACAGACACGUCUCCUGCUCUCCUAUUGGCUCAUAGAGAGUCAUAAAAAAGUCAAAAAUUGUAUACAAACAUUAAGCUACUUGAAGAUGAUGUAACCCAGUUCACUCCCACUAUAAGGCCAAAACAACAAAAACCUGUGAUUUUGGAAUAAAACCUCAAUCGCAACAUUCACCCGCUGAUCACAUGCUGUUUAGUGGUUUUUGUAACAUGGUCUUGCUCUUUAUAGCAGUCUGCAUGUCUCAGAUUGAGUAAAAAGUCACCACAAUAGUUUGAGUUAAAGUUUUUUACUUCAUAAUAUGGAAGAAUUGUUCAGAUUCAAAUAGCUUCAUUUUAAUGAAAUGGUUGUAAACAAAAUGGUUGUGUUAUAAGCUCGUUAUAGAAACAACUCCUUUCGUGUGACAGUUUGAACCGACGGCGUCUCAGUAAGAGGUAAAGAAAGGCGUUUUCAAGGACUUCAGUCCCGAAGGUUUUUCAUCAAACAAUGCAUUAUUGUCACCAAAGUACCAGAGCGAGCCAGUAAAGCUCUUUGGUGUAGCCCAUACGGCAGUUUGUUUUGUUAGUACGGAUGCCCCUGCGCCGCUGUCAGCGAGAGAUUCUGAGAACGAGGGAAGGAAAGCAGGAAGGAAGGUUUAACAGGACGGACACCACAUAUGGUUUUCAGCACCAUUUAUUAUUAGCCUGCACAAAAUCAUACGCCACAUCGUAUCCAAAAAAAAUCCCCCAAAAAUUACGUCUACAUGAUUUAAUUUAACAUUACAGCUGUUCGUUCACUGAAAGCGGAAUCUCAACAAAUUCAUUCAAGUUCAUCCAACACAGGUGUAUUUACUUUGUGAUGUGAUUGAGUCUCUCUCUUCUUAAAAAAGAAAAAAAUGAAUGGAAUUUCUUAAUAAAACUGCUUUCCAUUCAGAUGGAUGUUAAUGAAAGAUGAAACAUACUCUUAUUAAUUCAGUCUGUCUGUCUGGACUUCUCGGAAGCGUUUUUCUUACCAUUCCACAAAGGCAAGGGGGAAAAAAUUGGAUAGUUUUCCACAUAUGAGCCGAAUCAUGUGGUUUUGUUCCCCCAUUCCGAGCAGGAAAUGUUUGGAGGUCGAACAAAAGAAUCACAUGGCGUCUCGUGCCCCUUGGCCACGUAUGGACCGAUUGAUUAAAAAAGGAAAACAACAACAACAGAGCCACGAACACGUUUGAGAGACUUGGCGGACAUUAGCAUUGGAAGGUUAGAGAUAGAGCUUUUGGUUUCCUUGAAACAUCUGAGAGACGAGGGAUUGAUCAGAAGCCAGGAGUUUUCCAAAGCCAAUGUAGUUUUCACAUUAAAUGGCCAUUACAGGGAAGGAAAUCUAGGAAAAAUGAAUUAUUCUGAAUUUGUAAAUGCUUUCACCUAAUCAGAUCAUUGUUUUGGUGAAAUGUCUUCAUGAUUUACCACCACUUACGGUAAGAUUACUCACCGACAGUGAAACACAUUGAUGUGCUACCCAGACACCUUUCACCUAAUGGUAAAUGAUGCUCAGUAUAAGCUAAGGUCAUCACAGUGCGUAACAAUCUUUCCUUUUUUUUUUAGAAACUUGUCCCUGGUCUGCCUGUCCAUGGCCAAAACGGGCACAAGUGAGUCUUCUAAUGACCGUUGUGUUAAUUCAUGAGAAGAACCAUGUUUGGAUAUUGGAUAACCUCAUUUUUGUUCCUGUCCACAUUUUGUGAGUUGUUCACCGUGGCCUGCUCGUCCCAGAACGACAAGCAACAGAAAUCCAGGAACAGCACUCACGAAAUCGACCCCAGUCGCAACACGAUUAUGAUGGCCCAGUUUGAGUGCUACCAAAAGAUUGCAAAGGACACCAAUCACAAUCGAAAAGCUGGGUUGAUGUGUAACCGCACAUGGGACGGUUGGCUGUGUUGGGACGACGUGGAGGCCGGAAACACUGCAACACAACACUGUCCUGAUUACUACAAGGAUUUUGACACUUCAGAGGUGGCCACAAAAAUCUGCACCGAAUCUGGCAAGUGGUUUGUCCACCCUAUCAGCAACAGAACCUGGACCAAUUUCACGACCUGUAAACAAUUCACUGUUGAGCGCCAACAGGCGGCGCUUAACCUCUACUACUUGGUCCUGAUCGGUCAUGGAUUGUCAUUGAUCUCUCUACUUGCUUCUUUGGGAAUAUUCUUCUAUUUCAAGAGCCUAAGUUGCCAGAGGAUUACACUUCAUAAAAACCUGUUCUUCUCCUUUGUCCUGAAUUCAGUCAUAACGAUUAUCUGGUUCACGGCUGUUGUUAACAACGAGGAGUUAGUGCAGUCUAACCAGGUGAGUUGUAAGAUGUGUGUGUUUAUCCACCUGUACAUUCUGGGCUGUAUGUACUUUUGGAUGCUGUGUGAGGGGAUCUAUCUCCACACACUCAUCGUCGUGGCUGUAUUUGCAGAGAAGCAACGCCUUAUGUGGUAUUAUCUGCUGGGUUGGGGAUUUCCUAUUAUCCCAGCUGUAAUACAUGCUAUAGCCAGAAGCAAUUACUACAAUGACAAUUGUUGGAUCAGUUCAAAUACGUCACUGCUUUAUAUUAUCCACGGGCCCAUUUGUGCCGCUUUACUGGUGAACCUGUUCUUCCUCCUGAACAUUGUGCGGGUGUUGAUCACCAAGCUAAAAGUGACCCACCAGGCUGAAACCAGCCUCUACAUGAAGGCCGUGAGAGGCACGCUAAUCCUCGUGCCCCUCCUGGGCAUCCAGAUCGUCCUGCUGGCCUACAAACCUGAGGGCCGCCGCUCCAACGAGAUCUAUGGGUACAUGAUGGCCAUCCUGAUCCAUUACCAGGGUCUGCUGGUGGCCACAAUCUUCUGUUUCUUCAAUGGAGAGGUCCAGGGUGUGUUACGGCGAUACUGGAAUCAGUACCGCAUCCAGUUCGGCAGCACGUUCGCCAACACAGAGGCACUGCGCUCGACGUCCUACACCAACUCCUCCAUGACUGAGGUGCACCGCUGCUACAGCAUUGACAGCCACAUGGACACGCUGAACGGCAAGAGCUUCCACCACAUGGAGGCCACCAUCCUCCGCUCAGAUAACAUCUACAUGUGAGGAUCGUUAUCUUUACACACUCAAAGAUAACAAACAGAAACAAAUGCGAGCCUCCAGCCACCUUAAAGCAGCCCCCAUUGGGGACUAUCAAAAAGUACUUUGGCACUGAAAGCGCCUUUCGCUAUGAAGCCAGAUAACAUCUUCCAUGAUUUCUUAACGAGAACGGGAUUUCUUAGUGUGAGCUGAGAACUGACACCAAACGCAGAGGGAGGCUAGAACCCACAUGACUGAUGAACACGAACGCUGAUGAAAGCGCCGCCCGUUGGCCUUGUUCACAGUCUUAAACAGGACGGCAUGUGGGAUUAGCAACACACAAGAGACUUUACAAGAGAUCUGGAUUACAUUCCCUCUGGCUCGGAAAGGACGUUCUGUGAGAUUUGGGAUAAAAAAAAUUUCUAUACUGGGUGUAUUGAUUGUGAAACUCCAUCUGUUCUUUGUUGUGUUUCUGAACUUGAUGGGUUGAAAAGUUUCUGGAAAAGGGGACUUUAUAAAAAGUUGAACUCAAACCAGAGUAAGGCAAAGCGCAAAGCCUAUAUGCCAUUAUUUAUGGAAAAGCAGUAAUGUGUUCAAUUUUUUAUGCUAAUCGCUUGGGAAAUUUGACUCCUCAUGUGUUUAGAAGUUUUUAACAGUGAUAGUCUUGAAACAUGGAUAAUACUGACCAUAUAUAUAUAUAUAUA